AUGAAGGUACUUAUUUUUCUGCUUACUCUCCUUGUUGCUCAUAGUACUGCUAACAAUGGUACACAAUUUUCUUCCUUCGUCAGUCUGGCGAGUCCUAAAAUUGUUCCAUAUUUACUUGGUAUAUUUCAAUUCAAUACUGUUGAACAAGUCACAUUUCCACUUGACCCUAUAAUUCCAUCUACAGCACAAAAGGUUCGCGUGACUGUCUUCAUUCGAAGUGGAAUGAAUUCUGGUGAAGCUGCUUUUAAUGUUUGGUUAUGGACUGAAUGUCCUGAGUUCAAUUUUAAAGAUACAAAAUUUAAACGUGGUUAUCGUUACUAUCAAAGUGCUUAUUCAUUUGAUUCGGAAACACUCGAAUUUUUCUAUUGUUCAUCGAAGCCUGAACUUAAUGUUGUUACAGAUAACCCAUCAGGCAAUGUACAACUAGAGCUAUAUGCUGUAGGUUAUACUAAAAAUUAA